AUGUAUGCUGCAGUGUAUUUUCACAUUUCUCACUUUUAUUUCUAUAAAAAUGGAAAAUACUGCUGCCUCUGCCAGGUUUACUGCACCCAUACUUCACCAGACUACUCGCUCCCUUGGCAAAAGCAGAGGCAGUUCACUAGUACAGGAAGGCAUGCAACCAGUUCUAGUUUGCUUUCCAACUAUUACAUUUUUCCUGACUUUUUUUUUUCAUUAUUGAUGAGGUAUCGCCGCUGGUUACUUGUACGGUUAAUGCUUAUGGAUUGUACUAACAUCAAUGUAACUUGGCUAUCCAGUGCUUUCAUGAUAGGUGAUGGGAAGCUGUUAACAAAUGCACAUUGUGUUGAACACUAUACUCAGGUGAAUUUCCGUUUACUGUAAUAUACAAUGUUUAUAGUUAAGACUGCCUGUGACGUGAAUUUUUAGUGGUACAAUCAUUUCUGCAUCAGUCAAAGGGCCAUAAUUGAGUGGAAGAUUUCUAUAUCCCUGUAGCCAACUCUGUACAUUUUACAGUGAUAUAAUUUUUUCCUCUAUUCGUUUCAUUUAGAUUCUUGCUGUAAAAUUUUGGAGUUAGGAGAAGGGUGAAGGGGAUAAAUCUUUGUGCAAAUUGAUCCCUUGAACAAGGGUUGUGCGUAGACCAGUAAAAGAUCUCUUAGGCUGUAUACAACUUAUUGAUGAAACCCUUAUUAGGAAGAGUAUAUACAGCCUUAUUACAUGAAGUGAAGUCUAUUAGGGAGAUAAAGAACAUAAUGAGAACACCAAAUCCAAAUGAUAGUUAUCAGAUUUAGACAAACUUGGAUCCAAUGCCCAUUAGAACCUGGAUCUCUCAAGGAUUGCUUGUGCAUGAGAGAGUAGCUUGCAUAUUGCUAAAAAAAUGUGGAAGUUGAAAAUUCAUUCUUCAAUGAAAGUUUCAGUUCAGUACUUGAAGAUGACGCUGUUAGCAUCUAAGGAUUUUUCUAGUUCUGAGUGUCCUCUGAUGAAUGUGCUUAUUAUUAUCGUCCAAAAAUUUUCUGUCAUAAACCUGGUUUGUUUCCUUGGUGAUUUCUGAUAAAUAGUUUGAAACUCAGGCCUAAGUUUCUGCCCUAAUUGUCCAGUAUUUUUAUCCAGUGGGUGUCCCUUGGUAUUUUUAUGACUUAUCUAUGUUUUUGGACAUUUAUCUAAUUAGCCGUGGGUUAGUAUAAUGCUUGAUGACUUGUUUAUCAUCUAAGAACCAGAAAAUAAUGAAGUUUUCAAUUUCCAACAGCCAAUUCUUUCGAAGACAUGUUUGGGCACUUUUUUUUCCCAUUAAGCUGAUGUUUCGCAAAUGAGAUAUUCCUAUCUGGCAAUAUCAUCAUUAAAGGCUUUGUAAUUUCUACCCUUCGUAGUGCAUAAAGAGUGAUGGGUUCUUUUAGAAUGCGGAUAGUACUAUGUGAUCAUUGAAAUCAAAAGAUAUAAGUGUACAAGCGUUAGAAAUGUAAGCCCUCAAAAAGAAAAACCUUUUAUGUCAGUUUAGUCCUACAUUAGCUAGGUGUCGAAAAGAGAAGGAAAAAAAUGCGGACCCUAACGACCCAAAAAAUCAAGAGCCAUGCCCUUCCUCUUACAACAACUUUACCCACUCAUUCAGCGUGUCACAGGCCCGCACAAAGGUCUUGUUCACCCCCUAAUGAUGUAUUGAUGUCUCCAUGCCUUGUCCAAUGACACCAAAUCUUGGUAACUAGGUUCCUUGUCCAAUGACAGUUCGAACUCAGUCAAAACCCAAUGAAGAUGCUUGCUUGCUGACACAGAAGAGCUAGCUAAAAUUGCACCAUCUGCAUGAUCUUCUGGGAAAGGUUCAUCCUUUCUUCCCUCACCACUACCAACUGUCUGCUUUGGAACUCACAGUGUACCUGUCUAUAAGUAGGCCUAACCUGUCCCUUGUUUAUAAGGUUUUAGCAUUUGAUGUAGUCCAAGUUCCUGCCCCUUGUCACAUUGUCUUAUCAUUCAAUAAAUCAAGACAAAAAGCAGAACGGAUAAAGAAUUUCCCUCUCAGAGACCUCUCCCUCUCUGCAAGUAAGGUGUCGCCUUAUUUACCACCUAUCCAUCCGUCAUCACCACCUAUCCCCUGUAUAGCUUGGAACAGAGAGUUUUACCUCACUCUUUCACAUAUUUUCUUCAAGUCCAGUUUGGAAAAAAACUCCCUCUUUUGUUCAAAGUCAAUCUCAUGAAUGCACUUAUAUGCCAUUAGAAAAUCGUCUUGAACCUGGCAUCCUUGAUCAAUACGCUUUAGUUUCUGCUAGUCAGCACAUGUUAGCAUCCCUUUUAACCUGAAGGUCAGAAUAAGUGUGAUGAUCUUAUGUACACCAUUCAUUAAGCUAUUGGACCUAUAGUCAUUCUUCUAGCACCAUCUUUCCUUGGGAUCAACUCCAACGAUAUUUUCCAUUCUGCCUUAAAAAGGAGUCUUCCCCUCUUGGAACUCUUGCACAGCUUGCAUCAGACCGUAUUUAACCAAUUCUCUUAUGGUUCCUGAAAGUAUAACAGAAGGAAGCCAUCCGGUGCUAGAACCUUGUACUGAAAGUAAAAAAUAUGGUUGCUCUCAGCUUCUUCUGUGAAAGGUCUUGCAACUCUUUGGCCUUCUUUGAGAUCCUGCAUGCAAAAAUCCUCUGUACCGGAUUGGCUCUACCCGGCCUCAGUGAACAAAUGAGCAUAUUAGUUGCAAAUAUGCUGGAUGAUAUCUUCUCCGGUGAUCUGUUUCUCCCCCUCUAACAGAAAGCAAAUGGCGUUCCUCUUCCCUAACACCACCUUGUAAAAAUAUGUUGUGUUGUUUUCUUCUUCUUGCAGCCAGAAAUCCCUUACUCUUUAUGGCCAAUAAUGUUCUUCCUUGGAAAGGGCAACCCUCCACUUCUCUUUUAAUCACUCUUUCUAUCCAAUAUGUCAUCAUCAUCAAUCAUAUGAGCUUCUUUAAGGGCAGCCAAUCCCUCUGUUCCCUGAAGAACCUUGUCCUUGUUAUCCUUUCUGCAUCGGUCUUGCGACUCCCUCAUUCAGACAUAUCAUGAACCAACCAUUUCAGCUCCUUAUCAAAGUUGUCAUUGGCACGAGCCACAAAUAAUACUGGUUCAAUACCUCUGAAGGUAUUUGUAGUAGUCUUCCCAACAUAGUCACUAUUUCUUAAAUCGAAAUAUAUGCCUAAUUUGAUACUCUCAGCUAGUUUUCAGUGAAGUAGACUUAUGAUCAGAGAGCGAUCUGAAUAUCUAUAUACAGACAUCUGCCAAUGUAUGGCGGUGCACCUCCCACUCAACUGAGAUAAGGAACCUAUUCAGCCUGGAGGAAGAGGGUUUUGCUCUAACAUUAGACCAGGUUGUAGAAUGGUAGUCCUCAAUUUGGUGUGCUGGAGAUCCCGCAACACAUUUGGAGAGGAAGAAAAACCUUUAUUGAAAGAAUAACAAAAAACCGUUUUACAAGACAGACGGGGUCCAGUAUUUAUACUAGACCCUUAAGAGUACAUGAUUACAAGUAUUCAGGGUAUAUAUUGCCAAUAUGAAAGUACAUGGUUUAUUUAUAAAAUCCUCACGACAACACAGGUAAAUGCAACAUUGCGGCUGCAUAUCGAAGUGAAAAUUGCAAUAUCUAUAAAUCAGCAAGCCCUCACUCUCCCUCUCUCUGUCUCUCUCUCUCUCUCCAUUUUAUAUCUUGUCUCCCUUACCCUUUCCUCAAUGUUCAAUGAAGCAUUGAAAUCCCUCCCUGUACCAAGUGCUCUCAAAUAUCACUCUUUUCUUUCCUACAAAGAGGGCCAUAAGUUCCGAUAAAAUCCCAGAGUCUUAGAGUACUACACAGCAUCGGACACAGUCUCACAUGACAUCAACAAUGAUUUUAGGUGACCAUUUCUAUUUUCUGUUGUUUUUUUUUCAUUAGUUAUGUUUGUUAAUCCUCCGAUAUGGAUAUCUAUACAUAUUACAAAUACUAGAGAACAAUGAAAUGCAAAAAAGAAAUAACAGAAAACAUGCUAAAGAUCAUACAAGGAAUAUACUAUCAUCCUUUUGUCCUGAAUUUUUUUUCUUAAGUCAAUUAUGGAUUUCAUCUACAUGAAGGAACUGUGAUAACAUCUUAGAGUCAAAUCAUUGUCCUUACGAGGAUCUUCAUCUUCUAAUCUUCCAAUGUUGAGUAGAAUUGAUGAACUAAUUCAGUUUCACUCAUGUUCCCUCUUUCUCCCAAGGAAAAAAUAGAAAGCUGAGAAAUUUCACUCUUGUUGAACUUAAGUCACAGAUUGUGGUUGCAUUAGAGUUGAUAUAUGUAUCUGUGAUCGUUGUGUUGAAGCAACACCAGAAAGGUCAUUAUCUUAAUUUUUUGGUCGUCAUUUUUUCGAACAAGAUUAUCUCAUCUAUAAAAUAAAGAUGAAUGAGAGAGAAAUUACUCCUAAAAAAAUGAAUACUUUCAAUCAUCUCUUCAUCAGAGAUUUUCUCCAAACUGAGCUGAUGCUUUCCCCCUCAAAUAAGAUGUGAGAUAAGUGGUCUCCAUGUCUCAAACUGCUGGAACUCGUAUAAUAUGCAAGUGGAUAGGUGUUAAUCAGAGAAGAAAAUUCUGUCGAGAAUUUUCUCAUAAAAUUAACGUGGAUAGGUCUCCAUGUCUUUAUAAAAUUAACGUAACAGUGUUGGAUCCCAUAAAAUAUUGACCAAUCGACAUAAGUCGAGCUAUUUCUUCCAUCGUUUUUCUCAAAUAAAAUUGAAAUGAAUUACUGCAUAAGUAGUUAAGUUAGUGAGCUUAUUACCUUCUAGUGUAUUUUUGCAUUGAUUAUGUCGUUAUGAUAGUUGGUGAAUGCUGUACAAAUAUUUCUGUUUAGUGCACGUCCUUUUUUCAAAACAUUUUUACAUUUUUUGUUGUUGUCCGCAGGUCAAAGUUAAGAAGAGAGGAGAUGAUACCAAAUUUCCAGCCAAGGUAUCUUAAACUCCUAUUAUGUAUAUUUUUAAGGAUUUUUUUUUGUUUAUUAGGUCUUACAACCUUCAUCAGUUCACUGAGUUUAAUAUUUAUAAGUGAAUAUUUAUAAUUUAUUUCCAGACAUUUAUUUGAUUGGGAAUUAGCUUCAUUUAUUCUCCAUUUUGGUGAAACUUAAUUUUUCAUCUCGAAGGGUGGAGGAACCUUAGUUUUCAAUCCAUUUCUGAAUUCGCGUUUUUUGCUUCAAAAAAGAACAAGUCUUUGUUGCAAAUUUGCUGGCUGGGUGUGCUUGCCAGGGCAGUUGUUAAUGUUGAUUUCAGCCAAAGAGAGGCAUCCCAAAUUUCAUGAAGUCCGCUCAUCCUGACUCUAACGUUAAUGUGAGAGGCCAAAUUGGACUGGAUGUCUAGCUGACCCCAUAUGAAGAUUCACCUGUCACUGUCUAGUCAGAAAUAAAAGUUUUUCAUUGGCUGUAUUUUGUGGUUUACAUUGGUCUGACGUCUCUGCAAUAUUAUGUCGGUAUGCUAUUUCUUUGUCAUUGUUGAAAGUCAUUUUGGCACAAUGCAAAUACACUUUAAGUUCUUUUUAUUCCAACCCUUCCCAACAGAGGAGACUCCACAUUGAUUGAAUUUUCCAAGCUUGAAAACGAGCAUUCGUGUUUUUUAAAAUAGCAUUUCCUUCAUUUUAGACUUAAGUGUGGCUCAUAGAUGUUUCAUCAAUAUUAUCAUUCAGUUUCUUUCCAGCACUUUUAUCUCAGUAUAUAUUUCAGAUACGAGACCAUGAUUUAUCAACUUACCUAGGUUCAUAAAUGUUGGAUAACAAUCAGGCAACUUCUGGAUUUGUUUCAGAUAUCGCUUGCUUCACUCUGCAAGGAAUAAUUUAUUCACUAUGCAUUGAUACUGUGGCUAACUACUUGCUCAGUUAUCUGUUUUAUAGGUUUUAGCUAGAGGUGUUGAAUGUGAUCUUGCAUUGCUGUCAGUUGAUAGUGAGGAAUUCUGGAAAGAUGUUGAACCACUUCGAUUUGGUCGUUUGCCUUGCCUUCAGGUUAUCUCCUCUUUCCUAAAGUUUCAGAUUAUAUGUUUAUUAUCUAUGGUUUUAUGACUGUGAGUCGCAUGUCUCUUUAAAAGUUAUUGAUCUCCCACUCUGGCACUUGUUUGAACUAUAGGAGUGCCAAAUGAUGUUGUACGUUCUUGUGCUAGUUAGGUCUGCCAUCUUGAUUGUCUCCGAUCCGGAAAAGAGCAAAAAGAUAGUAUUCCAUAAGUUGGGCUUUUUUGUAUUAAACUCUCCUUUUGCCACCUCACAACACCAGAUAUGAAAGGUCUUUCAGGUCUUACCAUUAAUAUUUGCUUAAUAUCAUUUUGAAUGUGCCGGUCUGUGAAAAGAGGGAGAGAGUAUUAGAGGGCAUCCUAUUAACCUGACAAGAGCUAAAGGCACCUGUAGCAAAAGGAGGCAUAAUGGAUAGGGAAAAAAAUAAUUUAAACACAGUACAGGGUCGUCUAGUUCUUGCCUCAAGGGAGUAGGUGAUGCAACUGUAUUCGCUAGUUUUGUGUUCUGAUACCAAUGCAUUCGUCUUGGUGUUGGUCUCUUUACGUGCACAUCAACCUCCCUCUACUUGAGGUCAAAAAAUCUUUUUAAUAAAACAAGUAGUUUCUCUCUGUGGAUAAUAAAUGUUAUGAUUAUCACUCUCACGUCUUCUUAGUCAAUUUACACCGGCUGACCUCCCUAAAAGAACCAGGAGGCUGAUGAGUCAUGUCUUGUACUUUAUUAACUAAUUUUGACAAAUUGUCAUAUGGGCAUGAGGAUAGUACUUCCUCAUUUUAAAUCUUUGGUUUAUUCCAUUUGCUUCAACAUGUGAGAAUCUAAUGCACGUGAUAGUGUCUGUGUUAAUUACAAAUGCGAUGAAUGUGUUGAUUUCCUCGAAAGUAAACAUUUUUUCUAUUGAAUUUACAGGACUCGGUUACUGUUGUAGGGUAUCCCCUUGGAGGAGACACCAUAUCUGUCACAAAGGGUGUUGUUUCACGGAUUGAGGUUUGAUUGAAGAAUUAAACUCUGUGGCCUAUAUUUUCAAUGAUUACUUUUUGUUAUUCAAAUGCUAUCUGCCUCUCGCUGUUAUCAGACGCUGUGGUUACUUUUUGUUCAGACAUUUGAUAAUAUUGUUAGGAACAUUGUGAAUGGGGAAAAUUGGAGAGCUACGCCUCCUUUGAAAUGACCAUAUAUGUAGAUAAGUAGAGAAGCCCAAAGAAGAGCAAAGACAGAAAGGAAAAUACGAAAAUGACCGUACAAGGAAUACAGUAUCCUCUCUUAACACCCCCUCUCAAACUCAUGGGAGAUCAUGCAUCAUGAGCUUGCCAAUAAGCUCUUUGAACCAUGGUCUCGUCUGAGACAUGGUAAAUAAGUCUGCGAGUUGAUUUGAAGAGGACAUAUGAGAAAGGGACAGUACCAGAGAAGUACUGUCGGCAGAUGAAUUAUAGUCGUUCUCUAUUUAUUUGUCUUGUACUCUCACUCAAGAUUUGAUUACUGACUAUCUGAAGAGCAUUCCGAUUAUCACAAAAGAGAGGCAACUGAUGAAUAGUCACAACAGCAAUUAGAGAAGUCAAGCCUUGUAACUAUCAACACAGCAUUUAUUUGUUUCUGAUCUUACGAUUCCAAAAUGCCCCAAAACAAAGAUGUAAAGAAACGAAUGUUCUAAAAGAGAGUUAGAUGAUGAGAAAGGUGAAGAUGAAGAUCCAUGAGCCAUAGCAACGGUACUAAUGAUGUUUCAAGUUAAUCACCCAAGCUUGUUGGGAUCUCCCCGUUACCAAGCAUCUACGAACUCAGUUGUCCCUCGUUAUCUGCAGAACUAAUAAACACAAACAUAACCAUCUAGUUCGGUGGAAAAGUUCUUGCAUGCAUGAGGAGGUAAAAAGAAACUGAAGGAUUACUGAUCAAUGGAAACGGACUAUUGAAGUUGGCCUUGACUAUUUUAUCUUAACAUAAUGGAAAUAUACAUAGAAAACAACCAAAGAGUUACAUGUGGAUGUAGGGGUAGAUCUCUUAGAAAUAAUUAUUAUUGAUGAAAAGUUUAAUCCACAACAGGAAGCAGACAGCAGGAAUUUUGCUACAAUUUUAUUUAUAGAUUAUUUUUUAGAUCCUUAUUCACUUUUACGGCUCAUAUAUUUGAUAUACCAUCGACUAAUGAAUGAGAAACUAUAGUUGUUGUCACACGCAGUUUUUGACAAAUUAUUCUUUUCGUCGAUAAAAUUUAUUCCAUGGCUAUCAGCUUGUUUCUUUCUUAACAGGUUACCUCGUAUGCUCAUGGUACAUCUGAUUUGCUUGGGAUUCAAAUUGAUGCUGCAAUAAACCCUGGUUAGUGAGCUCUGUUGUGAAAUUGUUUCCAGGAUAUUCGUUCGGGUUUCUAGUUAAGUUGGUCAGAAAUUUCUUUCUUGAAGAUUGCCCUCUCAACUCUUGUUUUGUUUAUACUGUAAAAAACUUGUAUUCUUUCAGGAAAUAGUGGCGGUCCUGCAUUUAAUGACCAGGGGGAGUGCAUUGGUGUAGCAUUUCAGGUAUAUGCCUUCAAUCUCUGGAGGAUACCAUACUCUUUUAUUUGCCCAUUGGAAUGGCACGGUGAACUGCUUACCUUGAUCCCAUUGUCUUUCUUGGUAUUUUCUUUAUGGUCUCAUAUUAAAAUUUAUAUUUUUAAACAAAAAAAUAUCAUUGCCAUUUCCAAGGACAUAGGAAAAGGGCCUGUUCAUUUAUUCACUCCUGAAGGAUGAAAAAGUAACUUCAUUCUAAAAAGUUCCUAUUGAUUAGGAAGCCAAUAGUUGAAUGAUGGCAAUAAGCAUGCUUAUUUCUCAUGGUUAUUUCAAUAGGAUACUUUAUAGCACUCAGGCAAUAGUUAAAAGAUACUUGCCGAAGGUGUAUAUUGGCUAACUCCUUGGCAGAUAACAUAGAAGUUCAUCGAUAAGUUAAUAUAUCACCAAACAUGAAUCUUGAAGAAUUUGGAGGGCUGUUGUCCUUUGAUUGCUUUUCUGUUGCUUCUUACCACUAUGGCUUCCUUAUAAGCCUAGAAUAAAAGUUUUAUCGUUGAAAAAAUCAUACGUAGCUCAAAAUAUAGUCAUAAAUCUGUUUUAGAUGCCCUAUUGCUGUUCCUAAUAUUUUUCUAAUUUUUCCGUUUGUACACUGGAAUCACUUUAGUGCGUAAUCAUGUUAUGGUUACAAUUAUUUAACUAAAGCAUUAGUCUAUCAGCAAUGUUUCGAUUCUAAGGUCACUUAUGGUCAACUAUGCCAUGAUUGAAUAUAUGAACCUAUUAACAAAAUUUAAUCUCAACGUUUACCUUUUCAUGAUAUGAAUUAACGCCAGACGAUUGGCAGCAGUUGAACCAUAGACCAGUCAUUUGUAUUCAUCUCUCUUUUCGGUGUUGUAAACAUUGAAAAUUUAUCAAUGAAUCUGCGAUAAAGCUUUGUUGUGAUCAACACAGAAAGAAGAAAGAACAAAGGAGAGGAUUAUAAGCUCUCAGGAAACCUUUUUACGAAGACAAUUGCUAAGGUGUUUAGAAAUAUAGCGAACCCAAUCAUACAAAGUUUUCUGUAGCUGAAAUUACUCAUGAUCGACUUUAAAAGUCUCCAGGAGGCCUGUCUGAAGCCUCUUCUUCAGUGGGAAGAUAUUUACAGAGCUGAAGAGAGUAUUUACAGGCUUUCCAGGAAAUCUUUUUCGUAAAGCUACCCCUUUUGGUCUUAGGAAACAUAUGAGUGAGCGGUAUAAAGUCUCCUAUUGCGGAAAUACCUCCAAUGGAAGGUUUUCUUGUUAAAACGUUAACUGGAAAUGUUUUGACUCUUAAUGGAAAUUGGUGGGAGGGAGCCAUCCUGCUGAGGGGCUGCCAUAUGGCAGCCUGCUGAUGUGGUGCUGUUGUGCAUCCAUUAUUUUUGUGAUAUGACUGCUAGAUCACUAACCAUUAUGUCUCAGGAAAGGACUUCUUUCAUAUCCCUAAUUGAUUAUACUGUAUUAUUUGAUUUAGUAGUAUUCAUUUUGUUGAAUGAUGCAAAAGUGCCUACUCCUGGAUGACUAAAGGUUAGAAAGAGACCGUUUUUAAUCAUAUAUUUUGUAAUUUUUUGUGCGAGUCACAUUUUCUGGAUGAAGGGUGCAUGGCUUGUCACUGUUUGUUUUUCUACUGCUUUUGGUAUUUACCUUAACUUAGGAGCGUUUGGUUUUUGUUAAACUGUAUGACAUUCUGAACUCAUUAAUAUUCUCUUUGCUCAAAAUAUGAAAAAUAUGUGACUAGUUUAUUCUUUUGGGAAUGAAUCAGGACAUUUUGAGGUUGAUACGUUUUUAAUUACAAUAUCUUGUUUAGGUACUGAGGUCCGAUGAAGCUGAAAACAUUGGAUAUGUAAUUCCCACAACUGUUGUCUCUCAUUUCUUAAAUGACUAUGAAAGAAACGGAAAGUAUACUGGUGGGUGUCAUUCUUCUUUUCAAUUGAAAUAAUCAUUGUAUCCACAGGCUGUAAAAUGUUCUGCAUUCUUACCUAGGGUGAAUAAAAUGUUUUCUGCAUUCUCACCUGCAAAAAAUGGACAAUAUAACUAUAAAAUAGAAAUUUAUAUUUCAACUGUGUUAACCUGACUUUUUUAGUUAGCAUCAAGCUGAGUAACCAUGAUUAAUUGUGUCUGUCACCUAUUCAAGCACUCCCUCUUCCGCAUGCUAAGAUAGUAAUCUAUCUUAUGGAAUGUAUUGUCCUUGCCAUCAUAUCGUUGAAGUCUUUUUUAAAUGCUUCGGUGAAUUCACAUAUGAAAAUGCUUUGCCUACUGAAUCACUUUCUCAACGAAAACUACAUAUUAAAUUCGAGAAGAAAAUGUUCUUUUUUUAUUCCCACAUCAGCAUUACUUUAAAAGCAAAACCGGACUCUAGCACAAAUGUGUUCUUUUUGGCUUGUAUCAAGGAAACUUAGUACGUGUUGAUUCACGUGUUUUUCUCCCUCUCAUGAUGAUAUUUUAUGUCAAAGCAUUAUUUUGAUAAUCAGGCUAGCCGUGUAACUGGUUAGGUUCGAAUUCUGUUAUGUAGUGGCCUAACUAUCUGAAACUGAUAAAAACUUGAUGAAAUUGGACCAAACCAUCCACUGGCUCUUUUCGGUCUGCUGUCUGCAAAGGAAUGGAUUAUUAAACAAUUUUUUUCAGGAAUCAGGGUGAAUGGGACGUUUGCCCUGGGUUUAUGUUAGGUUGUAUGCACUGUGUAUGAGUCUAACCAAGGGCUUUUGUGGAGAAUGGUGGGAUCAACCUUUACUGUGGUGGAUUAUCCUUGAAAAUCAAGAGAUGGAAUAUCCUUGAAGGACAUAAGCUGCUAUAUACUUACUAGAUCAAUGUUGUGGUGCAUUGAGACUUCUGAACGAUAGGACAAAUAGAGCAUUGACAAUGAUGAGAAAAUGAAAAAAAUGGAUUAAGAUUAUUUCAAUACAGGCAGCAACAAGUGAAGGCUUGUCUGAACAUUGAGCGUAGUGGAUCACAAAACUCUGAAACUCAUGUAAGCCUGUAAUCACAAAACAUUGAGAGUCGUGGGGAAUAUGGUGCACUGAGGGAAAUAUGUUGGGAAGCAACCCAAAACGUGUAACGUGGGAAUUAAUAAAUGUGUCGUUUAAUAAACGUGUAACCCAAAGAAUGGGAUGAAUAGUGUCCUCCAAAAUGUGUCGUUUAAUAAAUUUGGGGAUACCAUUUUUUGUUUUGAUUUUCUUAUUUGCAUUCUUGUCCUUGUUAUUCUUCGUAGUUCUGCUGAAACUUCCUCUUGUUUUUCUUCUUAUUCUGUUUCUCUUCUGGUUGCGAGAAGGUAGGGCAUAAAGGGUUGCUUUGGCUGAAAUUGGUCCAUAUACGUUUUUCUUUUACGUUUGUACAUAUUCAGAGAGGUAGCAGAUCCCCUUUGGAGCCAAAUUGGAGACUCACUUGCCUAUAUAAUCUGAUUUGACUCACCUUGAUUAAAAGUGAUGUAAACUUUGUAUUUUUAUCAUUUUUGACUCCCCAGUUGAGGCUGCUAAAUCCUCUUGAUUGUUAUUGACAAAAGGAUAUUAAAGAGAAUAGUGUGGAGAAGAGGAAACGAAAUUUAUAACAGGCUAGCAGGCUGAUGCCAAGGGCAACGUAAAUAUGAAAAGCCUUGUUGCAUAUUCCUCAGUAUUCUCACAUGAGCGUAGAGGCUCGAGAAACAGCAAAGCAGUUACGUAAAAUUACAGCUAUCUUUUGUUUCUAAUUUCCUUCCUCCCCGCCUCAAGUCUCCCCUUUUGUUCUUGUCUCUUCAUUUGAAAUCUCUUGAAUCUAGAUGGUCCUUUGAUGUGAAGGCUUGUGGGGAGGAAAAAUAUUUUGACAGUGUUGGCUAACUCAUUAUUUUCGGCAAAGGGAAAAGUGCUAGGCAACAUCAUCCAUUGUUGACCUGAUGAGAACUUGUAAAAAUGGGGAAGAACUGCAACACUCUGUUUACGCAGAGAUGGCUUAGAUACAGUUUUCAUGCUAGAGUAUAAUCUGGACAUGAGAUAAGGUGAUAUCUAAAAACUGGAUAUGGCAAGUAAAAAUACGUAUAAGGAGUCAUUUACGUAAUGAUCUUUUGGUGGUUUUUAAUCAAUUAAUUGGAAGGGAUUCAAGUACAAAUGACUCGGAUUUCUAAAGGACGGGUUGAUAUCACACUGGUGGAUCUUAAGAUCGGCUCUGCUGGAAAUAACCUGAUGUCCUUCCUCAUCAUUUCUCCUUUGACAUGCUGUAAGUGCUUCCACAGUCAACACAAUUAGCAACAACUAUAUAGUUUUUAGUAGUUAAUACCAAUCAUUUUAUUCCCGGCUCACAUAUUAUUGCACUUUUCUCAAGUUGUCAGCUUUCUUAACUUUAUUACAUGUAUGUUUUUUUGUCAACUUCAUUUGCCCAAGUUUUUGUGAUUGACUGGGUAAGUUAUAAAAGGUUCUUAUUAUCUACUUUUAAAUUGAAUUUUAUAUUAGUGUCCACUGGUUGGGUACCUCUUAUAGCCUGUGUAUUCCAGUCAUAUUACUCAAUUCCUGUUCUACCCACUUUCUCAGAAACAUCUGCAUACUUUGAAGCGAUUUCUUGAGGAUUUUUGUAAACAACGUUGUGAUUUCAUUUUCGUUUAUUUACAGGAUUUCCUUGCCUUGGUGUCCUGCUUCAAAAGUUAGAGAACCCAGCAUUGCGCGCAUGCUUAAAAGUACAAUCAAAUGAGGUAUGAUGCUUAAUAUGAAAACCUGUUAGCAAGUUAGAUCCAUCAAGUAAUUCCAGUGUCCUUAAUGGUACCUAUAUAAGGACGUCUGUCGUACAACUGCACUUUUUUGGGAAUGUUGCAAAUACCACAUCUCUUGAGAAAAUACACACACACACAAACCAACAGGUACAGAUACAUUUAAUUGGUUGAUCCAUCUUAUGAUCCACUGGAAGAUCUGUGAUAGGAGUCCUAACAAUCUCUAACCCUUCAUCUCCUUCCCAAUAACGCUUUAGUUAAAAGUAUUCAUUUCUAACGUCUAUUGUACCGUAAGGAACUGCUAAAAAAUUGCUGGGAAAUGACCCUGCCCCAGCCCCUAAUAAAUUUGAAACCUCUUCGGCAUGUGAUCAUUCAUGACUACGUCCUGUUGUUGAUUUCUUCAAAAAUAUCACUCUGUUCAGCAUGACACAUAUGAUGGAGUUAAGCACCUCACAAUUGGACUGUGCUGAACCCUGAAAUCAAUCCCUUAUUGGAUCUACCCCCUUAAUAUGUUUGGUACUGUGCCCCCCUCGUCCUUUAAGGUGAAGUUAAUUUUAUGGAGACCCACAAACCUGAAACUUUAUGCUAGAUUCAACAUCUGAGAUCUUCUAAACGCAGCCAACAUCGUCUCUGACAGGGGAAUCCUGGAGUUUCUUUUCAAAGCUUUACUUGAAACUAGAGUUGAAAACUAUAAGGACUUGAUCACAUAUUGCAUUAGCCAUUUGCUUCCACUGCUUCACGUUACUUGAGAAUAGGAUGCUAUGGAGUUUCAGAGUUUUCUUCACUAUGAAUAAUCAUAUGUUCAUUACAUCGGAUGAAUUGGUGGAUGUCAUGCAUUAAUGCAUUCUUCUUGUCCAUUUUAUCGGAUCCGAACCAGAAGAAUCGUGUAGCUAUGUUACUCUCAGAAUUAGCACUAGCUCUGAUUUUAUUUUUUUUUCAUUGUGGGGGUGGGGUGGGGUAGGGAUCGGAUGAAUCGGUGGAUAUCGUGCAUUCUUCUUGUCCAUUUCAUUGGAUGCAUACCGGAAGAAUAGUGUACCUGUGGCACUCUCAGAAUCAGCACUAGCUCUGAUUUUUCUUUUCAUUGUGUGUUGUGUGUGGGGGGGAGUUGGGGGAUCGGAUCACCUAUUGACUAUUUGGAAAACCAUCGAGUAAAACCAAAUUAGGCCUGAAAUUAGCUGGUUUUCUGCCUCGUAUGACCCAAACUUGAAUCGGAUGGUGUCUGGUUACGUAGUUUCUAUGAAAGAAAGAAAAUGAAGUGCGGCUUGCUAGUGAAGGGUCGCAAGAGGGAGGUGCAGCAGAAGUACAAGGGAAGUGGAAAAAGUUCCAAAUCCUAUGGGCUCCGCAGCCCCCAGUCCACCAUCUGUAAGAAAGGAAUCACCGUCGUUUAGCGAGGGAAUGUUUCGGGGAGGGGGUGCAAAGAAUACUUUAUAACUUACAUCACAAUCCUCAUUACUCCGCCGACAGAUCUCUCCAUAAGUCUGUAUUGUUCCCGUAGUGAAGUUCCUUAUGGCACUCGAGAGUGAAAAGGUCGACCAAAAGUUUGUUUCCUCUCAAACUAUAAAUGUUGUACACAUUCUAUAAAUCCUUGUUUUCAUUUUUUGACAAUAAUUUGUGCUUUUUGCUUUGGUUCUGUUGUGCGACAGAUUGAACUGAUAUGCCAUUAGCUUCAGCCCUUUUAGGCAUUUUUAUGUUAGAUUUCGUAUAUAUUUUCAUAAGUCUGAUAUGAUUCUCUAUGGGAGGAUCGAAUCUGAACACAACAGGAGGGACAAAAUGCUUGUAUUGAACUCAUGGACUCUCGUCAGUGACGAGAGACAAAACGAUGGAAUGAACAGUCCCUUCAGAUAACAGAGACGAGAAGGGAAAGAAGAGGAACAUAAGAGUAAAGUAUGGGAACAAUGUUCGCGAGGGUUCCCCGCCUCUCCAGAAUACGAUCUUCCUCCCGUAGACCCCCUCUUCUCGUGCUGUAUUUAUAACCCCUCUCACACAUGACUUUUUCUUACGCAUUCUGUAGGUCAGUAGUGGGGUUGUAUCAAAAUUAUGCAUUUCUCUUUUCCUGACCUCAAAAAUAGUUGCAUCCUUGCAUUGUUCCAGUGUUCCCAUCUUUGGGAGUCGAGGCAUUGGUUAACAUUGCAAUUGGAUCUUCUCUGCCAUAUCCCAGGACAGACUUUUUCUUUCUUUCUACUUUUUUCGCUCUUCCUCUGUCUGUUUCAUCUCAUCUAUCAUGAAAGCCACAUAGUUACUUUAUGUUGAAAUGGAGAAUUUCCAAUUACAUUGGUUUUUCCCGUGAUAUUCAAGUACUCUUUUGUGCUUCUGUUUGAAAAUCUACGAUUUUACUCAUAUCCUAUAAACCAUCGGAAAUCUGGUUUAGAAGAUUGAGACUAUGUUCUAACUGAACUUCUCGACAUAUGACUUUAGUAGGUAAGUUAUUAAUCAUCUAAAUAACUUAUUGGGAAAAUUUUCACUUUAUUAUCUAAAGGAGAAUAUCAAUUGAAUUUCAAUCUGUUUUAUCGUAUGCUACUUCAACAAUCCAUAGUAUCUGCCGUCUAAAGUUUUCAUGAUUUUCGGUUGAUUUAUCAUUUGUUUAAUUUUCCAUGAUCCACAGGGUGUUCUAGUCCGGAGAGUUGAACCUACGUCUGCUGCAAAUAAUAUUUUAAAAGAGGUAUCGAACUCAGGAAUCACUACCUUUCAGUCAUCUACAGUAGGCUGAAUUUUCCGUUUCUUUUUUCCUCUGUUUUUCAAUUUGAUGUGCAUCAACUUCUGGGGAGACAAAUUUAUGAUUUCCGUGAUGAGUUAUUUCAUGAGCUAAGAGGGGAUGUAAAUUGGAGUGCAUCUGGUUUGUGUGACGCCAGAGGGAAGGUACCAUGUCAAAAUUGUAAAAAAGUAUGAAAUUUCAUUAUAAUGUCGUAAAGGACAAAAGUUUAUUAGAUGCGUGGCCGAACAAUACCUCUAUAGAAAGGUAUCCCCCCUGUAGAAAUAUACAUUUACUAAUUGCAUAGUCUUAUCAAACUGAACAGAAAAUAUCCUUCCAAAUUUAUUAGAUGAUUGAGCAAACGGUCUCUCUGUAGAAAUGUACAUAUUAAUUGCAUUGUCUCAUUAAACUGACCAUAAAAUGAUCAUGUGAAGUGAUCGGAGCAUCUUCAUUGUCAUUAAGAUAUUUUUCAUUCUGUUACAUAUGAGAUUCAUCCUAUCAGCAAGCUUUUUUGCUUUGCAUCUUUACGUUUUAACCUUUUUCUCUUCAUUGAUCCUGUUGAAGUUCAUUAGCUCUUGCUUGUCUGGUCCUGAUGUUUAUUAAUUUCUUGAUUCCCGGUUACCAAUGCUUGAUGUUUUCUCGUUCUGUCCAUUUCUUUAUGUGAUGUGAUCAAAAUGUAAAACGAUAAAAAAAGGGUAUCAAGGGAUUUGCACUGUUCCACUAAUUUGUUUGAAUUUGAUAGUCAUUCCCUUCCAGAUUGUUCAUGGAAUUUAAAAGUUCUUCGUGUAAACUUUUUUGUUUGAACAUCUUUUCUUUUGGCUCUGACGUUUUGGCACUUAUCUCUUAGCUCUAAAAUAAUAAUGAAUAUUUAUUCUGUCAAGGUUUCAUUUUCUAUUGAAAUAGCCCAUCAGAUGUUUUGCCUUUGCAGGGGGACGUGAUAGUGAGCUUUGAUGGUGUCCAAAUAGGGUGUGAAGGAACUGUUCCAUUUCGGUCCACAGAACGUAUCGCAUUCCGCUACCUUAUAAGUCAGAAGUAAUUAAAAUAUACUCGUCCCGAUGUUUCCUUCUCUCACAGUUUAUGUACUUUCUUAGUAUUUAAGGUUUUCUUUUAUAUAGUUCUGCAGAUCCUCUCUUGCCACGUCUCUUGGUAUGCCUUAAAUAAUCAAUUAAAUUAACUCUGACCAUUGCUAAACCUUUCUUUACAUUUUUAAUGCCAUAUUUUUUGUCAUACCGGUUCUCAAUCUUUCUACAUUUCCUUUUCUAGCAUUCCUGAUCUUUCUCUGAAAAUACUUUCCCACACUUCCUCUAAUUUAUUAACUUUGUACUCUGGAAUCCAUUUCAUUGACCAAUAGUGCUGCUUUUCCCUCCAAUCCUCAGGUUUGCUGGUGAUGUGGCUGACCUUGGCAUCAUCAGAGACGGGGUUCACUUGAAAGUUCAAACAACUGUAAACCCACGUGUGCUUUUGGUGAGCAUCUAGUUCAAUAUCCCAUGUCACCAUUGAUAAAAAAAGAGAAAAAUCAUUAAUAGAAUUCUCUCGUUUGUUAGCCUUCCUCCUGAUGCCUCCCCACAUUUAUGCAGGUCCCCUAUCAUAUUGAAGGAGGACAACCUUCAUAUCUGAUUGUCGCUGGGCUAGUGUUCACUCCUCUUUCAGAACCACUGAUCGAGUAAGCAUUAUUUAUGAUUUUUAUGCUGAAUUUGCAUGACGAGAUGGCUCAUUAGUUUUCAUUUCAAAUGACAGUGAGGAGUGCGAAGACACCAUGGGGGUAAGUUGAUGAUAUAUACGCAUCUGUAUUCCAUGCCUACUGCUCUUCAGACUGUACCUUCUUCUGUGGGAAGAUUAAUGAUGAGAGAUGAUAUUUUUCCAGUUGAAAUUAUUGGCAAAAGCACGAUAUUCGCUUGCGAAAUUCGAGGGAGAAGAAAUUGUGAUCUUAUCACAGGUCAGCUGAUGACCACCCUGCUGUUUUAAUUCUGCUCGCUCGCUCAAGGAAUUUGGAAAAUCAGGAGGUCUUUUAUCUCUGCACAAUGAAAACGGAAAAAAAGUUGAGGAUCUCUCAAGAGAAUAUAGCGUCACAUGAUAGAAUCAACUCUUAUUAGAGGAUGAACUUUGUUCUUAUUAUUUCAGAUGCUAUGAAAAUUGCAUAUAUGAAGAGGUUGCCGCAUGGAGAACACUAAUUAUUAUGAUCUUAUGCUCGUGUGAUACAUACAAUAAUAUUUAUUUACCCUUUACGACAAGGGAUUUUCAGCAACAUUCUAGAUUGAUAUAAUAUUUCACCUAAUUCCUUCUGCCAUUUUAUUCCAUUUAUCAUCGUAAGACUACAUUUGAAUCUGCUAAAAGUUCAGAAGAUGUCGUUCAAAGCCAUGGUUAUGUUAUUCUCUGUCAGAUGAGAUAAAUGCAUGGGGAGCUUUGUAUGCUUUUCAGGAUCAUUGAUGCCAUACUAUCUUGAAACGGCAUUUAUGCUUAUUUUUUAUCAUAAAAGAAAAAGAGCUGGAUGCUUCUCGUGAAACCAAAUUUUCUCAUGAAUAUGAGUUCUACUUCGGUUGAUGCCAUUCAACCUCUUUCUCUCAGGUCCUGGCAAAUGAAGUCAACAUUGGCUACGAGGAUAUGGGCAAUCAGCAGGUAGUUGGUCAACUCCACUCCUUUCUCAUGAUAGAUGUAUCAUAUAAUCGAUGGAAAUGAUCUAAUUGCUAUUUCCCCUCAUAGGUUCUAAAGUUCAAUGGAACUCGCAUAAAAAAUAUCAGACAUCUCGCCCAUCUUCUUGAUAGUAAGUAGCAGUGUACACUUUUGGGCGCAUUAGUUGACUUUCUUUCAUCCAAUAGACUCUCUCUCCUCCGGAUCUCAUCUCUCAUCACUUUUUUCUCUCUCUCUCUCUCUCUCUCUCUGUGCAGCCUGCAAGGAGAAGUAUCUGAUCUUUGAAUUCGAAGACAAUUUCCUUGUGGUUUUGGAACGGGAGGCAGCUGCCAAUUCUUCGUCCUGCAUUCUCAAGGACUACGGAAUUCCAUCCGAAAGAUCUGCCGAUCUACUGGAGCCAUAUGUGGAGUCAACGGACGAGGAGCAAGCGGCAGAAGUUGACAUUGGGGAGGUCCCCGUUUCAAACCUAGAGAUUGGGUUUGAUGGUCUCCUCUGGGCGUGA